AUGAAUGUGGGACAGAUGACAUCCACGAAUGGGCUUUGGUCGGUGGCCCCCAACAAGCUGGACGGCUGGAUCAUGGAGGAGCUGCAGCCCAGCCCAGAUUUCUGUGUUCAAGUGAAGGAAACAGUGAGGAAGAUCUGCGACUUCUUGAAGGAGGACUGCUUUGAAAACAUCCGUGUCUAUAAGACUGUCAAGGGUGGCUCGGCAGGCAAGGGCACAGCCCUGAAAAACAAAUCUGAUGCCGACGUGGUGCUCUUCCUCAGCCACUUCUCCAGCUACCAGCAUCAGAAGCAGGAGAGAAAGUAUAUCCUGGAUUUGAUCAAGGAGAGGCUGCAUGCCUGCAGGGAGAGCUUGACUUUCACAGUGCACAUCAGUGACCCCCGGUACAAGGGUCCUGACAAUACACCACGCUCCCUCAGCCUCACUCUCCACUCCAAGGAAACCUCAGAGUCCAUUGAGGUGGACAUCCUGCCUGCCUAUGAUGCCUUGGGGCCUGUGAGCAAGGAUGCCCCACCAAAUGCAGAGGUGUAUGUGGGGCUCCUGGAUGCCAGCAGUGGUCCUGGGGAGUUCUCCCCUUGCUUCACUGAGCUGCAGAAGAUGUUUGUGAAGCGUUGCCCCACUAAGACGAAAAGCCUCCUGCGCCUGGUCAAGUACUGGUACAAGGAGAUGCUGAAGCCACGACACCCUGAUGCAGACCUGCCUCCAAAGUAUGCCCUGGAACUGCUGACCAUCUAUGCUUGGGAGGAGGGUACGAGCUCCAAUCAGUCCUUCAACAUGGCUCAGGGCUUCCGUACAGUGCUGGAGCUGCUGCGCCAGCACCAGGAGAUCUGCAUUUACUGGGAGAAAUACUACUCACUCCAGCACAGCCAGAUUGGUGCCCACAUCAAAAAUCUGAUGCAUAAUCCCUGCCCCAUCAUCCUGGAUCCUGCUGACCCUACAGGGAUCCUGGGCCAAGGCAAGAAUUGGGACCUGCUGGCACAGGAGGCGACCCGCCACCUUUUGCUGCCCUGUGUCAAAGACAUCCAGCCCUGGAAUGUGCAGCCAGCCCGGCCUGUGAUGAUUGAGGUGAAGCAGCUGACAGGCAUUACUGUCAUGAAAACAACCGUCAGCCCAAGCACCACUGUCUGGCAGCUGAAGGAGAAGAUCGAGCAAACAUUGGGCAUCUCCCGGUACAGCCAGCGUCUGGCGAAGCAGGAACAAGGCAGGAGCACCCCUGUCUUCCAGGAUCAUAACACCCUGGCCACCCACGGCAUCUUCUACAACACCACACUGAUGCUGCUGCACACUGAGCCCCAGGUCAUGGAGGUCUUUGUGAAGGAUGACAAGAACCGGACCACCACAUACAGGGUGCGGCCCAGUGACACUGUACGUCAGCUGAAGGAGCAGAUCCACUCUCGGCAGGGACCUCCUGCUGAGCAGCAGCGCCUGACAUAUGGCUCCAGGGAGCUGGAGGACCAGCAGACGCUGGCGCACUAUGAUGUCCAGCACCAGACCACCAUCUACAUGCUCCUGCGGCUUCGGGGGGGUGCAGACCCCCAGCACCCUCAGUUGCCUUCCUGCUCAUGCUCCUGA